ACCCGAACACUUGUUUCUAUUUAUAAACACUCUAAUGUCAGCAGAAAAUCACUGGCAUAUAAACCCAGCCUACUAGUUAAUGUAGGUUAACAUUUUACUACUGCAAAAUCAAGCAGUUGAGAUUCGGCUGCUUACAUGGUGAUGUGCAUAGUUACUUUGUUUAGUGAGGGUAAAGCUUGAAUGAUAUUGGGCUUGAAUUUGAUUUGUGUUUGAAUUUAUUUCAGUGUUAAAUUCUAGGGCUGAUUAACUUUUCAAUCUUACUAUAUGUUUGUGUUUCAUGGACCUUUUUCCAGAAACAUACUUUUACUAUUUAAAUAAAAAGAUUUUAAUUUAUACACAAAAAAUACAAUGGCAACAGUUUCAUUGUCUUCGGUUCCAAAACGUUUGCGUAUGGUUGAAGACUUUCGGUGCACGUCUUGUCAAGAGCUGAAUCUCGAGGAAUCUGCAGAUAUUUACUGUGAGGCAUGUCAGAAGUUUUACUGUAAAAGAUGUGGUCACCUUCAUAAUCAGCUUUCUACAGAACAUACUACUGUUGGAAGGGGAGAUAUUAAGAAAUGGCCAGUUCCAAAGGAGGUGGAGGAUUUUCUCAGGAUGUGUGAAGCACAUGAGAAUAAAACACUGACACAGUUUUGCCAAGACCACACUCAGCUGUGCUGCUCUGAUUGUGUUGUAAAAAUCCACAGCCAGUGCAGUAAAGUGACCCAGAUUUCGGAGCUGACCAACUCGCAGCCCACUGGCCUGGAGGGGAUGUCAGUGGAGCUGGAAACUGUCCUGGGGGAAAUUAAAACCCUGCAGAUCAGUCAGAAGGCCAGCAUUCAGUCAUUGCAGAAAACAUACAAGGAACAUAGUGCAGUUAUGAUAGAGCAAAUGCGUGGCAAUUUAAAUACUUAUAUAGAUGAAUGUGAUAAUAGUUCUGUGGGUACAUCAGGUGGAAAUGAGCAAUAUUUAAAAGAAGAGAUGUGUAGGAGUGUUCUCUCUAUCAUGAAUGAAUUUGAUAAUAUUACUGCGAAGGAACUUAACGAGAUGAAAGAUGAAGUUAUAAGCAUUAAAGGGUCAGUUACAAUUUCUAUGCAUAAAUGCACCAGUCUUCACAAUGACUUGUCACAUUUCCAUGAAAUUGUUCAGAAAAUUGGAGAUCAUAAGCAGCUCUGCCUUAUGGCCAGCAUAAAAUGUAAGCAUAUAAUACAGCAGGCACUGACUCUGCUCGGAAAGUCAGGCAAGGCGUUUAAUGUCCAGAGUAAUACUGAGCACAAUGUGAGAAUACCAAGUGAUUCAUAUGAAUGUAGUAUCACAGGCAUAUGUGUUCUGACUGAUGGGCAGGUGCUGGUCGCAGACAGGGGCAAUAACAGAGUCAAGCUGCUGAACCAGCAGUACCAGGUGGUGAGUCACUGUGAUGUGACUGAAUAUGUAGAGGACAUGUGUCAGAUCACACCCAGUGAGGUUGCGGUGGCUCUGGAUGAUGAUAGCAACACACAUAAUGUCCAGUUUAUCACAGUCUCCCAGAGCCAGCUCACUCUUGGUAGGAAGCUUGAGUUACAUCAUGGAUGUUCAGGUAUAGCCUGCCAUCAGGGAGAACUGUUUAUCUGCUCUGGUACUGCUCUGUUCAAGUACAUACUGAAUGGCAAACAGCUCUGCAGACUCUAUGAAGAUAGGUCAUCUGUUAAUACAGUAUGGAAGUGUGCUGUGAGUCCCACAGGAGACAGGCUGUACAUCACCAGCUGGCACAACAAGCUUCUCACCCUGGCCAGGGAUGGCACACUCCUGGCUACAUACACAGACCCAGCACUAGAGUGGCUAACUGGUCUACAUGUGACCCCUGCAGGCCAGGUGCUGGUCUGUGGACGCUGGUCCUACACUGUACUACAGGUGGGCUGGGAGGGGCAGAGUAAGCUGGCUAAUCUUGCUACAUGGGAGAAGGAUGGAGUGAGGUUGCCAUGGUCAGUCUGCUACAGCAGCAUAACAUCAUCCAUCAUUGUGGGACAGCUGGGGGACAACAUCCUGGUGUUCAGAGUGGAAUAGUGUGUACAUUUGCUGCUGGGUCGGGACAACGAUGCUGAGGAUGUGGGGGACAAGCAUGACGCAGAAGGAGAGCACCAGCAUUGAUGUCGAGUUGGCCAAGCAACAGCACCCGUCCGGCCUGCAGGAGCCCCAAUACAGAACAAUCCUUUCCCACCCCUGAUCCCUAGCUCCUUCCACUGGACCUCCGGCCUCAAAGGGUCAGCAUCGUUACACAAGUCUAUUCUGCAAUAAAUCCUCAGCACGUCAAGUUUUCACGCGCUGUUAUGAACAACCGAAAUGUCUGUGUCGAGAUUUCCCCAAGCAAUUUUGUUUAGCUCUAGUGCCCGAGGGCGAUGAGUGUUACAGAAGCGAGACGUUAUAGCAGUACUUAUGGUAACGCGAACAGUGAACGCUAACAGUUAGUUCUGGCUGUGGACAUCACUAAGAAUCUUACGAAGAAUUAAACGUUUAAUAAUUUGUUUCAUUCUUUAUAAGACAGCUUUAUAUUCAGCAAGGAACGAGAGCAAAUCAAGUAACAAUCGAAACGAUUCAUUCAGAUGUGUAUCUGCUGUAGAUAGUUAGGACAGUAGUAGCGUUACGGACUGUCCUCAGCUCACAAUAUAUUCAUGUGGUGCGCCUCAGACGCGAAUUCCUCCCAUUAUUGAAAACAAGUUGCUAAAAGUAAACACGUCCGGUUUGUGACGAGCACUUUGCACUCCGAGCCCAAAAGGCAUCGCAUUGAAUUGAGACUAAAGAAGGCUUAAAAACAUAACACCAGUUUUGUUGUAUGGUCCAGUACGCCCUUCAACUCGCAACCCGAAGUUAAUCAGAACUCAAACUCGGCCCUUAACAAUAUCCGCGAGGCCAGCAUAUCAGCUCAGCUUCUGAGCUUCAGCAAACACUAUAAGCCACCAAGAUAAAAACAUCGUUGAAGUGAAAGUCGAUGACAAUUCUGACCCCUAUGCUUAAGUAAUUCAGCACAAAAACAUCUUGCGUCAGAGUAGCAAGCCCCCAAACAUCUUCUCCCAUGUUGGCUACAUCAACACUUCUUACAGCGGAGCCUUGGCAAGUUCGACUUCCAUCCCAGCAUCGAUGUUGCUUAGCAACAAUUCAAUGCUGUGAAUCGACAAAUUGUUCCAGACGAGUUGCUUACACAGAUAGAGCAGGUGUUGCGUGACUUGUCCCUUAUUGCGACUAACCUCGAUAAGUUGCUCUUGAAUAAUGUGAACCAUAUGCCAGUAUGCGAUUGAUGCCAUUUAACAACAGUUGUUGUUGAGAAUUCCAGGGUUUGAGGUGGCAACUUUGGCGUCGGGACUCACUCCAUCACUGUCUAUGGCCUGGUCAAAGCAGCAGCAGCAGCAAUAAGAACAACAAGUAGUAUCUGAGCGUUGCUCUGGGAUACGGGGCUUCAUGUAUGUGCUUAAAGUGUCAUCCCAGAAUAUCCUGUGCAGACUUCACAUACAUUAAGUCCUUUUAAAGUGCCGUCCCAGAAUAUCCUGUGCAGACUGCGAAUACAUAAAGACCUAUUAAAGUGUCAUCCCAUAUUAGCCUGUGCAGACUGCACAUACAUAAAGUCCUAGUCAAGUGUCAUCCCAUAUUAGCCUGUGCAGACUGCACAUACAUUAAGUCCUAUUAAAGUGUCAUCCCAGAUAAGCCUGUACAGUCUGCACAUACAUUAAGACCUAUUAAAUUGUCAUCCCAUAUUAGCCUGUGCAGACUGCACAUACAUUAAGUCCUAUUAAAGUGUCAUCCCAUAUUAGCCUGUGCAGACUGCACAUACAUUAAGUCCUAUUAAAGUGUCAUCCCAGAUUACCCUGUGCAGACUGCACAUACAUUAAGUCCUAUUAAAGUGUCAUCCCAUAUUAGCCUGUGCAGACUGCACAUACAUUAAGUCCUAUUAAAGUGUCAUCUCAGAUUAGCCUGUUCAGACUGCACAUACAUUAAGUCCUAUUAAAGUGACAUCCCAGAAUAUCCUGUGCAGACUGCACAUACAUUAAGUCCUAUUAAAGUGUCAUCCCAGAUAAGCCUGUGCAGAUUGCACAUACAUCAAGUCCUAUUAAAGUGUCAUCCCAGAUUGUGCAGACUGCACUUACAUUAAGUCCUAUUAAAGUGUCAUCCCAGAUUAGCCUGUGCAGACUGCACAUACAUUAAGACCUAUUUAUCCGAGAAUGAGGCUCAUAUAGUUCACUUAACGUCAGUCCUCUUUCUGCCUGAUUGAGGAAAAGUUCCUAGCAUAAAAUGUGAAUUCUCUGAUUUUAAAUUUAUCAAACUUGGUAAAUAAAUAGCAAAUAAAAGUUAAUCUGAUAUCAGUUUUAAUCAAAGGUCAGGGCAUAGUUGUGUCUAUUUUACUGCUGAAAUUUAGCCCUUGAACAACAGUUUCUCCUUGCAAUAAAAAAAUCCACUUUAAUUAUUAAAUUCUAUUAAAUUUAAGUAAAACCAUUAUUUAAUGCCUUCAGCUCAUUAUAAAAUUAUUAUCUUCAUUUAUUUUCAAUAUUUAUUUAAAUUGCCGAAUUUUGUUUUAAGAGCUAGUUCCUAUCAAUCAUAGAUCGGUACCCUGCUGAAAAACAGGAUCUCUGGUCAGCUGGGCCCAGAUGCCCAGCAACACUUCCUGGCCCAGGACCUUGGGGCAAAUGCUCAACAUGUCCUAGCUGCAUGGUGAAGCCAGUCUAAUUCUUGGGCUCCAAACUCUCCUGAUGUGGCGCCAAGUUUACCUCAUCCAUAAGGGACACAUUUCUGGGAUGCGCUAAGGUCCUUUUAUCUGUUCACAGAGGCCUUAUACUCACAAGUUCAGGCCCAGAGAACGGUGUUCCCCAACUACAACACAACCAGUACGUCUCAAUAGAGGACACCCUUCCUGAAAACCUCGCUGAGUGCGACUGCGCCAUACGUGACCCUUAAGUGAAAUGAGAUUCCAGGCUGAAUGUCAAACCGGUACUACUCAGGUCUCCAGCAAUAGCCUCAGCCUUGGACGCAGUACCAAGCCACGUUGACGCAGCAGCAAAAACAACAGUAGCAGUCUAGUUAAGGGUCACCCCGCAACGUUCAGUGCCUAGCGAUGAAAUCAUCCACCAUUACAUGUAGUUGUGUCUAGCAGUAUCCUUACGACCAAGCCACGUCGCCAAAGCAGCAGUCAAGUAAUUUGUCUUCCACGUUUGAGCUUCCUAUUUGCCACGGUCUGUUGCAAAGUCCACUCAACAUGGAUUGUUUUAAUAAAACAAAUGGAUUUUAAGAAGAUAUUUGCUGAUUCCUGUGUAUGAUCUUAAUUGUAUAUGAAACAAUACAUGAACAACACUGACGCAUAUGAAAGGCAUGACGUCACUGACAAGUGACGACCGUUAAAGUAAAAUAUAUACCAAUGAACGUAAUGUGAAAUGGCGGAUUUAUUAAAUAAAUGAGAAUCAAUGAACAAUAAUAUUAUACAAAUACAAUGACAAAAACGUAAGUUAAGCAAUAUACAUCAGUGGAAAUCAAUAAAUAUGAUGUUUAUGAAUAUAAAUUUAUUUAGAUAAUAAGCAUUUUAAUUUAAUAAGGAGUGUUUGUUUACAUUACACCAUGUAAUACGGAAUGGCCAAUGGGAGGAGUAACGGCCUAGUAAUAUGUUGACUAUGCUUUGAUUUAUUGUUUGAUUUAAUCACUCUGCCAUUCUUUUACUUACCAGGUUGAGGGUCGCCCAAAACCACCCGGUGCCUUGCGAUGAAAACCUCCAACGGGACUGUGACCUUGCCCUUGUACACACCUAAUGGUCAGGUAUAAGGUCACUUGGGCUUAGAUAGUCACUGCAGUAAGAACAUGUAAGGUUUAAAAGGACAUCCGAGACUGCAAUGACGAAAUGAGUGUCCUCACUUCAGCAGUGGAGGCCAAUACACAAUACGAGAGUUUCCAGCGGCUUACCUUAUCUGAAAACCUGGGUUGCAGAGCAAUGAGUAUGUUCGAGGAGCAUUUGCAGUCAUCGUCUGCAGAUUAUGAGAUCCCCAUGCUCCACAACCCUCAGUCUAUGAACAUCAUGCAGAGCGAACCUUGGACGUACCUUGACGAAAUCAAACCAGCAAAUCAGAAGGACAGCCUGCUGCUACUGUUGUUAUCAUAUUAACCCCAUACCGAAAAAGCUCAGAGAUAUAAAGGCUGUUUAAGAUGUGCUUGUCUCUACAUACCCCGUGUCUGGUGUGAACAUGUACAAUUGAAUGUCUCUACAUACUCCAUGUCUGCUGUGAACAUGUACAAUUGAAGGUCUCUACAUACUCCAUGUCUGGUGUGAACAUGUACAAUUGAAGAUCUCUACAUACUCCAUGUCUGGUGUGAACAUGUACAAUUGAAGGUCUCUACAUACCUCAUGUCUGGUGUGAACAUAUACAAUUGAAGGUCUCUACAUACUCCAUGUCUGGUGUGAACAUGUACAAUUGAAGGUCUCUGCAUACUCCAUGUCUGGUGUGAACAUGUACAAUUGAAGGUCUCUACAUACUCCAUGUCUGGUGUGAACAUGUACAAUUGAAGGUCUCUACAUACCCCAUGUCUGGUGUGAACAUGUACAAUUGAAUGUCUCAUCUUUGGAAUUGGGACACGUGGAAAAUUAGUGAUUUGAUUCAGACAGAAAUCGCAUAGUGACAAAUCACAACAAAAAAUGGAAAGCAAGAAAGUCUUGUGGCCAGCAAUGUUUUUAUGUGACCACUAAGUUGUGUUCAAAGAAAAACAAUAGUUCAUGUUUUAUUGGAACUAUGAUGCUGUCAGUCAUUUUAUGUUGAAGGCUUUAAAUAACUAUAUUUAAAUAUAAUAAGAUUAAGAUUACUUGAUAAAAGAAAUAAUGUUAUAUAGUAUUUUAAGCGCAAAAUUUACAAGUCUAUCCAAUUACUGUGUCUGUAUUAUGACAUUUUAUUUUGGAAAUGUUAAGGAAAAUAUAAUGUUAGUAAAUAUAUGUCUAUGAAUGUUGAUUUUGACAUUUGUCAAAGCUGUUUAAAUGAACGUGGUAACUUCGACAAAAUUUAAAGAAAUGUAUUAUUUUCAUGUAAUGAGACAUGCUUCAGUUUUUUGUGGCUUAACCUGUAAUAUAGAGGUGGUAGUUACAAGAAUUGUUUAGCCAGAUGGAGAAUGUUUAUGCUAUGGCUUUGAUACUCUUAAGUGUGCCAAUUGGUGUCAGGUUUUUAUCAAGAAUAUUGUUUAUUGUCUAACAAUUUCUUGAAAAUAUUGAUUAAUUUUAGACAAAAUCAUUUAAUCUUCCUUAAAUUGUCUAUUCUGUAUUCACGACCAGUUAUUUAUUAAUUUGCAUGAUUAUGAUUUAUGAAUGACUUUUGUAUUGCUUAAAAUGCUUUAUUUGUUUUGGAACUGAGUAUUUAAAAACGAAAAUAUGAGGUGUAGGAAAAAUGGCCAAAGUUAUGAUAAUUAUUUUUUUGUUUUUGUAAAGUUUAUUAUGCUUUAUAUGUUUGUGUAUAGGCAUUUAGACGACCAGAUUAACUUGACCAAUAAUUCGUGCUCACUGUAUAUAUCGGUCAGUACAUUAGUCACUUAUAUAUAUAGCGAUUGUGAAAUGCUUGUAUUUGCAAUGUAAAUCAUGCGUUUAUUGUUGCCAUUUUGAUUUUUGCUGUUAACAUUUAUUUGUAAUAACAAUUUUCAUCAUGUACAUCUUUUAGGUGCCAGAUAAUAAAAAAACAUUGCUUGUGGAGAUGCUCAUUUAAAACUUUCUUAAUGAUACAGAACAACACAUUCUGAAGAGGCUAAUAAAUUAUGCUUUAGGCAAAAGGAACAUCUUGUUACUAGUAUAUGUACUGCUUUUCAUUAAAUAAAGUCAAACAACUAUUGAAAGAUUGGUAUAACUUUGUUUUGCAUUAUCUUAAGAAAAAAUAAUAUUUACUACUUGGAAAUCAGUCAAUUGCAAAUCAAGCGAGAGUGAUUUAACAUGCUAACACUUGUCAAUAAUUGAAUUGUCUCUCUUUGUACGUAAAAUAUAGGGAUGUUGUUGCUUGGAAAACAAAGUUGUAUCCGUUGUUAGAUAAUGCUUUUGUUCAUCUCUCAACAUAACAAGUACAUUCAUACAGUUAUUAAAAAUAUGACACUCUUUAUUCUCAGCCAUCAGUUUGUAUUGGGAUUUUGUGGAAUACUUACUAAACUAAUAUACGUCUGUUUAAUGAAUGAAUAGCUAUGGUACAAUAUGAUACUCAGUGUUACAAAACAUGUGUAAUAAAAAAAUAAUGUCAUUUAUUUGAAAUCAUAAAAUUUAGUUGUCCAUUCAAUGCUUACAGUUUUGCAAUUGCGAUGAUAAAGGAAAUGUUCUGCUCAAAAUGUCUUUUUAAGACAUGUGAAAAUUGUAGCAAUCAUAUUGUACUUGUAUUUAUAUUAUACAUGAUAAUGAUUUACUUACGGCUGAUGAUAGCUGCUGUUUACUAUUUGUGUUACAGUUAGUUUCACUCGACCAUUAGACCAUAUUUCCUUAAAAAUGUGAUUGUUUAUAUUGAACUUUAAUUGAAUGCAUGAAACAUGAUUGUUCUGUUGCUUAACAGCUGAAAAUAGCUUGAUGUUUGUAAAAUUGUAUGAAAUGUUUCAAAUAAAUCAUAUUGAUUACAUAAAAAAAUAAAAUUAGAUUUUGCCUUACUUUGAAUGCAUAACAAACAAAUGUUACCAUACAACCAUAUUAGUAUUGAACUUAAUUAAUACUUUCAGAUGCAAUUUUUACAAUAAUGUGUUAAUAUUGUCAUCCAUUCCAAAUAAGCAUUGUGCAUUCGUAAAUAUAGGGUGUAUAUAUACUGCUUAGAUGCCUUUUUUAAAUUGCUUGUGUACGUUAUAUUGAUUAAAGACUCUUAUGUAUUGCAUAUUUGUGUGUGCCUAUGUCUUACUUAUCUCUUGAUUGUCCUUAAAUUACUGCAAAUAGUAUUUUAAUAAUGUUAAAAUAUUUAUAUAAACUAUAACCAGGUUAUCUGUUAAUUUUAGUUUCAUACAUUGUAUUGUCUAGCUAAUUAAAUUGAAGUGUCUAUAUUCUCGCCAACAUGCAUUGUCGGUGUAUGGUUUAGACAAGCACAUUACACAAUUCGUGUUGUUUUUCUCCUUCAUUAAUAACUAAUGUUUAUUCUGUAGAGGUUGCAUUAUACUAAAUAUUUCAGUUGUGCAAUUCUUUGCUCUCUUAAUAAAUCAGCACUAUUUAUUGAUUUUUUAUAUGGGCACUUCCCAUGACUUUAUUCGUGAAUAUUUCUUUGAAUGUGCGGUAGGGAAAACAUUGUUAGAAACUUAAUGUUGACAUCUUGAAAGAUGGCAGUAAACAUUUAACUGCAGAGUAGCUGUGAAAAAGAUUGCUGUUAAACAAUGUAAGACAGAACUCCACGCAAAAUAUGUCAUGCAUGCAAUAUGCAUGAACUAUCUUUUUAAAAUAAUUUGGAUCUGAAUUAUCUUUAAGAAAUGGUAUGGUUAUGAGGGUCUCUAUGUGCAAAAUGUUGCAUUUAUUUUGUGUACAAGUUAUUGCUUAAACAUUGAAUUUGUUAUGGAAAUAAUAUAGUUUAUGUGACUUAAAGAGAUAUACAUGUUUAUGUUAGUGAUGUUUUUUGCUAAUCCAAGUCUGUUCCUGCACACUAUUUAAAGAAGAUAACUACAAGUUAUCUCAUUCAAAUGGAAAUAGUAUUGUUCUGUGGAAAAGUGUUGCGAGUUCAAAUAAAAAUACUAUGAAC